GCCAAUGGCAGGCGAGACAGCCCGCUCAUACCCGGGCGCCAUGCCCACUAGCCCGGCAUUUCGGCAUUUCCUCUCUUCCCGGCAAGGCCACGACUGACAGAGCAAAGAGAGAGAGAGAGAGAGAAAUCCAGCCGGUAGGAUCUAUCGUGACCACGCAACUCGGGCGAGGGGGAGAUGCUUUGUCUGUCUCUCUAUGUGCCAAACUUCGGCGCUUCCCAGGGGGAAUUUGAGUACUUUGAGUCAAGGGGCCUCCCCGCCGGACUGAAAUCCAUCUUCAGGUUGAGCCUCUUGAUCCCUUCCCAGGAAUUCUCCAUCUAUCGGCAGUGGAAGCAGAAAAUCGUAAAAGCUGGAGAUAAGGAUCUGGAUGGCCAGUUGGACUUUGAAGAAUUCGUCCACUACCUUCAGGACCACGAGAAGAAACUGAGGCUGGUCUUCAAGAGCUUGGACAAAAAGAACGAUGGUCGCAUCGACGCUCAAGAGAUCAUGCAGUCCCUCCGGGAUCUGGGCGUCAAGAUCUCCGAACAGCAGGCGGAGAAGAUCCUCAAGAGCAUGGAUAGAAACGGGACGAUGACGAUCGAUUGGAAUGAAUGGAGGGAUUAUCACCUUUUGCACCCGGUGGAGAAUAUUCCAGAAAUUAUCCUGUACUGGAAACACUCAACGAUUUUCGAUGUGGGGGAGAAUCUCGCCGUCCCGGAUGAAUUCACCAUAGAAGAGAGGCAGACGGGGAUGUGGUGGCGCCACCUGGUGGCAGGAGGAGGCGCCGGUGCUGUAUCCAGGACAUGUACUGCCCCCCUGGAUCGUUUGAAGGUGCUAAUGCAGGUCCAUGCUUCUCGCAGCAACAACAUGUGCAUUGUCGGAGGGUUUUCUCAGAUGAUCAGAGAAGGUGGCCCCAGGUCCCUUUGGCGUGGCAACGGCAUCAACGUCUUGAAGAUCGCCCCGGAAUCGGCUAUCAAAUUCAUGGCUUAUGAACAGAUCAAACGUUUCAUCGCAACAGACCAAGAGGUCUUGAGGAUUCACGAGAGGCUGGUGGCCGGUUCAUUGGCUGGAGCCAUUGCACAGAGCAGCAUUUACCCCAUGGAGGUUCUGAAAACCCGGAUGGCCCUGCGUAAAACUGGGCAGUACACAGGGAUGCUGGACUGUGCGAAGAACAUCCUUGCCAAAGAAGGACUAGGUGCUUUCUACAAGGGCUACGUUCCCAACAUGCUGGGGAUCAUUCCGUAUGCUGGGAUUGACCUGGCCGUUUACGAGACGUUGAAAAACAGCUGGUUGCAACAUUACGCCGUGAACAGUGCAGAUCCAGGGGUCUUCGUCCUGUUGGCCUGUGGUACCAUGUCAAGCACUUGUGGGCAAUUGGCCAGCUACCCCCUUGCUUUGGUACGGACACGAAUGCAAGCUCAAGCCUCCAUCGAAGGUGCCCCGGAAGUCACCAUGAGGAGCCUCUUCAAACACAUCCUGAAGACCGAAGGCGCCUUUGGGCUCUACCGGGGCCUGGCCCCCAAUUUCAUGAAGGUGAUCCCCGCUGUGAGCAUCAGCUACGUGGUCUACGAGAACUUGAAGAUGACUCUGGGGGUGCAGUCGCGAUGACCACCAAGUGGCCUCUCGUGGACUCCUUUGGCUGAGCCUCAGAGCGACAGCUCUUGGGCGGAAUGGCCGUUUCAUUCUGUGAAUGGGUUGAAGACACUAAUGAGUUGUGUGAACCAAGCUGUGAUAACUCCCAGGCCCAGAGGGGACUGGGGGGAAAGAGGGGUGGGGUGGGGCUUUUAUCUUUGUCUUGCUGUCAGAAGCACCAGGGCGGGGGAAUGAAGGACCAAACUAGGAAACCCCCCCACCCCACCCCUCCUCUCUAUCCUUUGGCUAGGAGACCAUCCCAAGUUGCUUCUAAAGGAGCCAAAGACUUGGGACAAUCACUUUCCCCCCAAUCCGCUUCAGAGCGGGACGAUAGAUCCAUCCUCCCCUCUCUGUUUUUCUUGUUGGGGCCGCCCGCGUCUCCCGCCCACGGCUUCGGUUCCCCAAAUAAGACCUGGAUAAGGUAGAAAUGGCUAAGAGCCAAACCCCCCCCCCCCAAUAUCUUUGCUGUUUACAUCACAUUCUGCUGGGUGAGAGCGAUUUACAUUACAAUCCUGACACUGCAAUGUAUAUUUUUUUAAUUUAAAACAAAAAAACCAGGUUGGAGGGAUGAGGAAUGUUACUUUUAUCUCCUCCUCCUCUUCCUCCUCCUCCUCAUCCUCGUCGUCCUCCUUCUCCUCCUCCCCUCUUCCUCCUCCUU